UGGUUAGGAUAGGUGCGAUCCCGACAAAAUUACAAGAAUAAAUAAAUCGCAACGAUGUUUCAAGAAUAUUCCAAAAACAGAACGCGAUUAAUCGUCAGAUUUGACGUUUCGCGUGCGGUCAACUGUCAAACGAUAAUCGCGCGAUAAAUUAUCUCGUUGAAAUGUCAACCAGCGAGGAACCUAACCUAAAAACCUAACCUCCAAAUUAACGAGGUUAGGUUGGCAGACCUGCGAACGCGUGCGGACGACCGGCGGCGCAGUGCUCGCUGCCAAAAAGGGUAGAGAGUGAUGCGAAGAUUGUCAAGUAUCGGGUGCGCGACGACGGUGCGGUGAGAGAGCCUGGGUGUCCGGAGCGCUUGGGUGCGAGGAACGCGACACGUGAAGGACUCCUUCGCGCGGACGCGAUGUCGAGCACUCUCGAGAAGAAGAUCAUGAGCCUGGAGGAACGGCUGCGUGCGGAGAACGAGUCGCGGGACAGGGAUCGACAGGGCGGCGAAAUCGGGGUCCCGAGCACGGGGCCUGGCCCGCUGUACUCGUCCACGGGGCCCCCGGUGUCGAGUCCCGCGCCUCGCAGACCUCGGCAACUUGGAGAUAUGGGUACCCCGACACGACCUAGAAGACAGUUGGAUUUACCAGUAUCGCAGAUAAUACCGCCAAAGAAGCAUGACAGCGAGUUUGAGUCAAAAUUGCAAGAGAUCAUGAAGAUGAAUGGUAUUCUAAACAUUAACGGCCAAAGAUAUCAGACAGAGAUGAAAGAUUUGGAGCAUCUAGGCGAACUUGGUAAUGGUACCUGUGGACAUGUUGUCAAGAUGAGGCAUAAACCCAGUGGCGUUGUGAUUGCUGUGAAACAGAUGCGACGUUCUGGAAAUGCAGAGGAGAAUAAAAGGAUAAUCAUGGAUCUUGAUGUUGUGCUCAAGUCACACGAUUGUCCGUAUAUUGUACAGUGCCUAGGCUGUUUUAUCACCGAGUCUGAUGUGUGGAUUUGCAUGGAGCUAAUGGCAACAUGUCUGGAUAAGCUAUUGAAGCGCAGCAGACAGGCGAUACCUGAGGAUUUCUUAGGCAAAGUCACAGUAGCAACAGUAAAGGCGUUGUCGUACCUGAAAGAAAAACAUGGUGUUAUUCAUAGAGAUGUGAAACCUAGUAAUAUACUAUUGGAUGAAUCGGGAGGAGUGAAACUUUGCGAUUUCGGGAUAUCCGGAAGAUUGGUUGAUAGCAAAGCAAAGACGAGAAGCGCAGGAUGUGCAGCAUAUAUGGCUCCUGAAAGAAUAGACCCACCCGAUCCUACUAAACCAGAUUAUGACAUAAGGGCGGAUGUGUGGAGUUUGGGCAUUACUCUAGUAGAAUUAGCUACAGGAGUAUUUCCUUAUCGAGACUGCAAGACUGAUUUUGAGGUAUUGAGCAGAGUAGUACAAGACGAUCCUCCUUCUCUUCCACUGGAUGCGCCCUUUUCCAAGGAGUUCAGGAGCUUUGUCAGUUGCUGCCUUACAAAAAACUAUAAGCAUCGGCCCAAAUAUCACAAGCUCAUGGAACAUCCGUUUAUCCGCAAGUAUGAUGUUCCACAGGAUGUCCAGACAAAUUCCGCUGUGACGAACUCUGGCUUCCAAUGGUUCGGCAAAGUCAUGCGGCAGUUAGAACCAAGUUCCAGGUUGCCGGGAGGACAGCGAGUUUCGGGUCAUGUGUCUUUGAAACAGACAGCCCAUCUUCGGGCGCAAUCCGAGGUGCCAGCUUUCCUGAGGAGCAACAUCAACAGCAGCUUCAGAGAAUCGCCGAACUCGGCCUUUCUGGCGUUUCAUCAACGUACCAAUAGCGAGAAUGGCACGAGCUACGUGUCCUAUAGUCCGUACGCCCUUCGAAGGAAGGAGAUCACCCGGCCGUUCUCGCCACCGUCUAAAGACAUCGCAACAGAUCAGCCGGAGUCGAAUCUGCCGCCGCGGCCCUUCUCGCCUUACCGGCAGCACGAGCAGAAUACGAUCAUCAGGCACGACUAUUCCUCGAAUCGUUGCGCGACAACGAAUGGUCAAAAUAAACCGGAGAUAACGACGAUGACGACGAGACCGUUCUCUCCUUAUAAGUCGCAAGACGCUAAUGACAACAAUGACCGACCUUAUUCUCCGUAUCGCUUUGGUCGCUACGAUGAACGCGACAGCGGGAACAAGACAGACCGAUGGCAAGGAGGCGUCUCGAGAUCGCUGAGCCCCUUCGCCAGGGAUUACUCGCCUUGGCGGCGGGAGAACGUCGAUCCGCCUGUCAUUCAGCCGCCACCACCUAUUAUGUGCGACAGCGGCGGCCGUUAUUCGCCGUUUUAUCAGCAACAGCCGUCGCACAAACCCGCGGCGCCCCAGACCUACCCGCAGGACAUCUACGGUAGUCCUAUGAUCAAUCGCAAGAGGUUUCCUUCGGAGCCACCACCGCAAGGAUCCCACGGCUCCACUAGUCCGCAACUCUUGAUCUCCCGUUUUGCGCAUCAAUUGAAGCAGGAGUCGCCGCCGUCGUCGCUGACGAUGCCGCCACAGCAGGGCGUCGGCUCCAAGGAGUCUGCGAAAAAGCGUUUCGCGUCUUACGUGCGCCUCAGGCUCGGUAGCGAACGCGCUCCUUCGCCGGAGCCACCACCGAGACUAAGUCGCGGCGAGUCCCCGCUCGCCCUUAGGAGAAACUUAAUCGAUCAGGCGUCUCCUUCCUGUCCGCGAAGGUACGUCUCGCCCUCUCCGCCUCAGCCACCGCCCAGGAGACUAUCGGAGAGCAAUUCGGUGCCUGGCAGUCCGCAACACGUGCGAGCUCGUUUGCGUUACACGCCCGAGCCCCAGAGGAGACCUCCGCCGCCAUAACCCACCGUUACAAUCAUUAAGCCUUAUUACUAUUAUUUCUUGUUGGUGCCAUACACGACUACGGACAUCCGGACAGCGAUCACGUGCACUACAUAGUAACGAGAUUACCCGAGAUUGUGUGCACAGAGCGAGUCGCAGGACGUGUACGCAAAACGAAGAAGAAAGAAGAAACAUAUGUUCUUGAAAACGCUGUAAACCAAAAAAAAGAAGACGAAGAAGCAGUGUUUCUUAAUACUCGAGCCGCCGAAUUCUAUUGUACGCGAACACUAUUGUAUGAGAGAACGUUGAUUUAGCGUGCGAAACGGCUGAAAUGACGAAAGAGUAUUUGAUCUUAAUUUAAUAUUCUCACAUUUUUCGAUUUGCAGAUGCUUCAAACCGCGAAAAUUGCCUUAAGACAUUUGACGACUUAUAGCUAGCUAGUGAAUAUUUCAGGUUUCUAAUUGAAAAAUAUUUUCUGAAUUUCUUAUUGAUGUUAGAGCGUAGAAAAAAAAAGAUGAAACGCGUGUUUUUCCGAGUUUAAAACGCUUCACACGCUAAACUCGUAAACACAAACUUUUGCACGAUUAAAUAGUCUUUAGCUAAGCCUCGGUUAACUAAUUCUGGCGAAGAGUUGGACUGAAUCUUACUAAAAGAUACGGUGAAACGAAACAAAGAAAAACAGUUACGUAAGUCAAUUCUCAGAAAGAUUCUAAUUACGAGAUUUGGUGUUAUUGACGUAAAUUGUCGCCGAUUUUUUUCACUUCGACUUCAUAAUCUAAAUAAGAAAUAAAUUAGUUUAACUUAGGAUUAAUGUUAACCGAGGGAAGCCCGUGUGUGCACGUUUUGCAUAAGCGAGGGAGUCGUUAAUCGCGGAGAGUCCUCGCGACAUUGCACGGUUUUCCCUCGCUGUCACGAAACGCGGAAAAAUUAAUCUUCAUCAAUAAAUCCUCUUGACAUGUAUUUAUCGAUGAUACGCAACGGGAAAAUUAUGAUGCUCAACUUUUUAUAUUGUCUGCGUAUUAAAGAAGUACACAGUGUUAAAGAAAUGACGGAGGAGUGUGGCAUUAACCGCGAUUAGGUCGUGAUUUUUCUAAUUAAAAAAAAAUCAAUACACGCAUAUACAGAGAGAAUAUAAUGGAGGUCGUGUCGUACAUGAAAACGCGUAAACCGUUCCUAUCGCUCUUCUUCGUUUACGCUUUUUUUCCGUCAAUCUUGAGAAUCUUGUCAUAACGAAGGAGAAAGAGAGAAAGAAUAAAAAAACGUGCAACGAAAUUCGCUCUCUUCUCUUGGAUGGCCUUGCGGUAUCUCUGCGACUCGAAAUGCAAUCUUUCUCUCUUUCUCAGCGACUUUUCCACGUUUUAUUAUUAAUACUAAUUAUUAUGAGACUAUUGUAUUAUUUAUAUAAAGUAAUAUUAAAUGUGAGAGAGCGAGUCGUUCAUGGUACAUAGUUCAGUGCCGAGAUCGAACCGAGAGAGAUAUUAUCGUUCACACUCGAUUAUUUCUUGAUAACGAGAAAGAAAAAAAAAAGAAAACGAAAGCACAAUAAUGUCGCAGCAGCACGUCUCGUAGAGUCUCCUACCUACGAAGCACGAAUGUAUAUUAAUUAUUCAAUUGGGAAGGCGUGCAAGGCGUCAGAUACAUACAUACAUACAAAAAUACACAUACAUACACACGCAUACAUGAUUAGAAUGUUGUAAUUAUUAUUUUUAAUUAACAUUUAUAAUCCUUAAUUACGUUCAAGUCUACACUCGUAAUCACCUUUGUCACUUAUUUGACAAAAGGAUCUGUUGCAAUGUAAAUAAACUUAUAUUUAUACGAGUCA